UCGCAUACAUCGGCACACCACUCUGGAAGGGGUCGCAGAGCACCCCGCUUAUCCCAACAUUCUCACAAGCAAUUCCGAAAUGUAAGGAAAGAAGAAGAAGCGGCUGUGGUGUCCAGUUUUCGUCAGCGCUUCGAAGCGGGGCGAUCCUUCGACCUCGACGAUGACAUGGAAUUCUGCCCAAACCUCCUCUCCGAUAGCGAUAUAGUAUCUAUUAAUUCCUCGUCGUCGGAUCGCUCGUCGCUGUCGAGUGGGUCACCUGAAGCCAGCCCACAAUCUCACCAAGUCUCUCCCGAUUCCGGCUUCACUCUCAACUCCAACUCGAACCCAUACAUUCCAUCGUACCAAAGCCAGCCAACAACCCUCAAGCUGCAUCAACCGGCUGCAACCCGGAUCCGUAACGCAAUCCCCAUUGUUAACCCAAGCACCGGCAUCCGAAUGAACUCGCCAUCUCCGCCCUCGGUCUCGCCCGCCAGAAUGAGCAGCAACCUCGGUCGACACUGGUAG